UUCAUUUGCGUUUAUCACAUUGUUGUUGUUACUUUGCCUUUGUUUAUGAGUGCCUGCAAUUGGCGGGGCCUGCGGUCCAACAAGAUUGUUGAUUAUGCAAAACACAAUAUACAUACAUACGUAUGUAUGUAUAUAAAAAGCAAAAAGAAAACAAAAAUAAGCAACAAGUACGUUGUAUGGACUGCAACAAAAUAUUGUACACACUCACACCAUGGAUUCAUGCACACAGAGACAUAGCGGUAAAAAUACAACAAGCUACACAUAAAAACAAGUUUGGAUUGCUCGUAUUGGAAUUGCGUUUAAUUGUUGGCUGCUGGCGCGUCAUGAACUUCAUUAGGCAUUUCAUAUUGCCAUCGAGCAGACGCCUUACAGCUCCUCUUCUUCUUCGUCAACCAUCUAACGGAUCCGACUAUCUGCAGUUCCACACAAAGGGAGCCGUUGACACCACAACAACAACAAAAACGAAGUUCGGAAACAACAUCAACGACAUAAAUAACACAGAAAUGGACACCACAAUACAUUCGGCAGGGAUUUCCGAGGUGCACGAUGUGCCCAUGUCUGUCAUAAAGCGACCAAUACCAUCUGUGUUAGACGAGUUAAAAGUUCAAUCACUUAUGGACACGAUCAAAUCUGAAACUGGAGAGGAUGAUGUGCCGCCUGUGGAUAUCUUGUGGAUAACGGGCAGCAAAGGCGGCAAUUAUUAUUUUAGCUUUGGCGGCUGCCAUCGAUUUGAGGCCUAUAAACGUCUGAACCGGUCAACCAUUAAAGCGAAACUAGUCCGAUCCACUUUGGGUGAUCUUUAUCAUUAUAUGGGAUCCAGUGCGCCCACAAAUUUGAUGUAGUGUUUUUUUCUUUUUUUUGUAACUUAUCAUGUUAUCAUGUUUUCUAUGUUUUCUCUUAACAAUUCAAAUAUGCAUGUGCACAUACAGUUAAACUAGAAAAUGUUUUGACAAGAUAAAAUUUAAUUAAUAGUUAAGUUGAAAA